GGGCGUUCCCCGCUGCGCUGGCGAUCUUAACGGGCUCGCGCGGAGGCCCCCGGGCCCCGCCCUCCCCGGGCCCGCCCCCGGCUCCAUCUUGCGGGCGACCGGGUUGGGUUGUGACGCUGCUCUCGGGAAUCAGAAUGUCGUACCCAGGCUAUCCCCCGACCGGCUACCCACCUUUCCCUGGAUAUCCUCCUGCAGGUCAGGAGUCAUCUUUUCCCCCUCCGGGUCAGUAUCCUUAUCCUAGUGGCUUCCCUCCAAUGGGAGGAGGUGCCUACCCACCAGGACCAAGUAGUGGCUACCCAGGACCUGGAGGCUACCCUGCCCCUGGAGGUUAUCCAGCCCCUGGAGGCUAUCCUGGUGCCCCACAGCCAGGGGCAGCUCCAUCCUACCCUGGAGGCCAAGGGUUUGGAGCCCCACCAGGGGGAGCAGGCUUUUCUGGCUAUCCACAGCCACCCUCACAGUCUUACGGAGGUGGCCCAGCACAGGUUGCAAUACCUGGUGGCUUUCCUGGAGGACAGAUGCCUUCUCAGUAUUCUGGAGGACAAGCUCCUUACGCUAGUCAGAUCAAUACAGAAUCUUUUCCUUCCUAUCCUGUUUUCUCUCCUGUUUCUUUGGAUUAUAGCAGUGAACCUGCCGCGAUGACUCAGGGAACUCAAGGAACAAUCCGACCAGCUGCCAACUUCGAUGCUAUGAGAGAUGCAGAAAUUCUUCGUAAAGCAAUGAAGGGUUUUGGGACAGACGAGCAGGCAAUUGUGGAUGUUGUGGCCAACCGUUCCAACGAUCAAAGGCAAAAAAUUAAAGCAGCUUUCAAGACCAUGUAUGGCAAGGAUUUAAUCAAAGAUCUCAAAUCAGAGUUAAGUGGAAAUAUGGAAGAAUUGAUCCUUGCCCUGUUCAUGCCAACUACAUAUUACGAUGCCUGGAGUUUACGGAACGCAAUGCAGGGAGUAGGAACUCAGGAACGUGUAUUGAUUGAAAUUUUAUGCACAAGAACUAAUCAGGAAAUCCAAGAAAUUGUCAGAUGUUAUCAAUCAGAAUUUGGACGAGACCUUGAAAAGGACAUUAGGUCAGAUACAUCCGGCCAUUUUGAACGUUUACUUGUAUCCAUGUGUCAGGGAAAUCGUGACGAGAACCAGAAUGUUAACCACCAGAUGGCUCAGGAAGAUGCUCAGCGCCUCUAUCAAGCUGGCGAGGGGAGACUGGGGACCGAUGAAUCUUGCUUUAACAUGAUUCUUGCCAUAAGAAGCUUUCCUCAGCUGAAAGCUACCAUGGAGGCUUAUUCCAGGAUGGCUAAUCGAGAUUUGUUAAGCAGUAUCAGCCGUGAGUUCUCCGGAAAUGUUGAAAGUGGUUUGAAGGCCAUUUUGCAGUGUGCCCUGAACCGCCCUGCCUUCUUUGCUGAGAGGCUCUACUAUUCUAUGAAAGGUGCCGGCACAGAUGACUCCACCCUGGUCAGGAUUGUGGUCACUCGCAGUGAGAUCGAUCUUGUACAAAUAAAACAGAUAUUCAGUCAGAUGUAUCAGAAGACCCUGAGCACAAUGAUUGCAAGUGACACGAGUGGAGAUUACCGAAGGCUUCUUCUGGCCAUCGUGGGCCAGUAGGAGAGAUUUUUUUUAAAUGAACAAAGCUUUUCAAAGCUUAUCCUUCAAAGCAGUGACUGACCUGCAUGCAGCAAUAUCAACCAUCACCUAACCAAAAGAGCUUUUUAUUAGGGACUGUGUCAGGGUAUUGUGCUUGGUUUGCACAUGUGGUUAUUGCCUUAAUUCCAAUGUUAUUUUUUUCCUCUAUAUACAAUCAAUGUAAAGCCAUAUCAUAAUGGUGUAGUAAUAAUGCAAUGUUUGUAAAGCAUAAUUUUCUCACUGCUCUUAUCCUAAUCAGGAUACCAAAUUGAAUAAAAAUCACAACAAUCUCUGUGUAAUAUUAUUGAAUUUUAAAAAAGGUUGCUGAAAACUCUGCCUUCGAAAGUCUUAGUAGGCCCAUUGGAUGGUUAUAGUUGGUGGUAUAUCAAAGCUAUAUUACUUAAAAAAAAAAAUUCAGCUCUUUUAACCUAGAAGAGUAAUUUACAUCUUAUGUUACAUAAAUUGGUAUUCUGUAUUCAUAAACACUAAUCUUCCCACAUAGAAAAUAGAUUAGUAUUGCCUAUAGCAACUUUGAAAAAAGGGAUUAGAUGUUUAUGUGCCUAACAUGCAUAGUCUACUUUUAUGUCUAUUAACACCCCCUAAAGAUCUUUAUUGGCCCUUGAUUUAUGAAAGACCUUAAAAUUAGGUGCAAUUUAUUCGUGACUCCAGAAAGUGAAGUUGGACACGUAAGAAGUGCUCAAUUAGUGAGCAGAUGAGGCUUAAAGCAUCUCCCUGGCAGAAUGAAUGCUAGCUCUUUUGAGAAGUAGUUCAGGAGCUCAAUGGUAUAGCAUGGUGAUUUAAAAACACAGGUUUCUUGACUAACUAUGGGGUACACCUGAAACUAAUAUAAUAUUGUAUGUUAGCUGUAUUUUAAUAAAAGUCUUUAAAAAAAAUACAGGUUUAUCCCCAGUACUGAGCAAACACUUAUUGAUUAUGUUGAGCAUUAUAAUAGGUAGUCAGGGAAAAUACAAAGGAAGGAAAUUUAUAAUCUAGUGGGGGUUCUAAACAAAAAAAUUAUAAUUGUUAGAUUAUAAAUUCUGUUGAGGAUAAGAACCCUAUUAGUUCUUUGUGCUGAGCUCCCUGGCACAAAGCAUGCAUAUAUAUAUAAUUUUCUUUUUAAUUAAAGUUUAUUGGGGUGACAAUUGUUAGUAAAGUUACACACAAAGCAGCUAUUUAAUAUAGAUUUGGUGAAUGUGCUGAAAACUGAGGGGAAGAAUAGUAAAUAUCAAGUAGAAUUCAAUGCACAUUUGUGUAAGUACCAAGGAGCAUACAGGUGGUGUAAGACACAACUUUACUCUUGAUAGACUUCUGUACAAUUGUAAUACGAGGCAAGAGCAAGAUACGUGGGUAGAAAGAUAAUGGGCUAAGAUAGAUGUAAUUACUUUAAAAAAUUUCAUUGAAAAAGUUCAGUUUUGAUCUAGUUUUUGAAAAAGUAUAUAACAGUGAUGGGAUUUGGUAAAGAUGAGAAAGGAGGGUAGGGUCUUAAAGAAAAGAUAUGAGCAAUAUAUUUUUAACCUUUUAAAAACUUGAGAUAUAAUUCAUAUACCAUUCACCCUUUUAAAGUGUACAAUUCAGUGGUUUUUUAGCAUAAUUAUGAAUUUGUACAGCUAUCAGCACAAUAAAUUUUUGAACAUUUCAUCACCCAAAAAGAAACCUUAUACCCAUUAGCAGUCAUUCCUCAUUCCCCCUCCUUCUGCCCAGGCCCUGGCAGUCACUAAUUUACUUUCUGUGUCUAUGGAUUUGACUAUUUUGGGCUUUUCAUUCGAAUGAAAUAUAACAUGCGGCCCUUUGUGUCUGGCUUGUUUCAAUUAGCAUACUGUUUUUAAGGUUCAUCUGUUGUAGCAUGAAUCGAUGCUUCAUUAUUUUUUAUGGCUGAAUAAGCCAUUGUAUGGAUAUACAUUUCAUUUGUUGACUAAUCAAUUGAUGGGCGUUUGGGUUGUUUUCAUCUUUUCAUUAUUAUGAAUAAUGUUGCUAUAAAUACUCAUGGAAAAACUUGUGUGUGGACACAUUUUCAAUUCUCUUUGCUAUGGCGCUAGGAAUUGCAGGAUCAUAUAAUAUCUUGAUGUUGAACUUUUUUGGGAUCUGCCAGACUGUUUUCCAAAGCAGUGACACCAUUUUGCAAUCCUACCAGCAGUGAGUGAGGUUUCUAAUUCCUCCUCAUCCUCACCAACACUAUCAUAUCUGUUUAAUUACAGCCAUGCUAAUAGAUGUGAAGGGGCAUCUCACUGUGGUUUUGACUUGCAUUUUCCUAAUGACUAAUGAGCUUAUUUUCUUGUGCCUAUUGACAUUUUGCAUAUCUUUUUUUUUGGAAAAAUGUCUAUUCAAAUACUUUGACCAUUUUUAAAUUGGGUUAUUUGUCUUUAUUGUUGAGUUGUGAGGGUUAUUUAUGUGUUUUGGAUAGUAGACCCUUAUCAGAUACGAUUUUGUUUUGUAUUCUUUUAUGAUAUGACCAGUCAUGUGGACCCCGAGAAGAUUCAUUUGAUGUGAUGUGAACCCUGAGAAGAAAUUUGUUUGCUCUGAUAGACUCCCCAUGGUCAACUGAGGGCCUAAAUUCUAUGAAUACUAAGAAUCCAGCCAUUUACUGAUAGGGACCCCUGUACUCUAUAUACCUGAAAGAACCUCAUACUGAAGCUCUGCUUCCCGCCCUAUGACCUGCCUGUUUACACAGUGUGAGUCAGACUGCAAGGAAACCUUGGUUUUGUUUUUUUUUAACCAAGGGAUGAGACCUGCCCCCUCCAAUCAAAACUAUUUGGAUAACUUAUUUACAUAAAAACCUGGGUGGGACCUUUUGCUAUAAAAGGCGGCCUCCCCUUUGUCUUGGAACACAAUUUAGGUUGCUACUUGAAUCUGUGUCUCCAGGCUGCAGCUCCUCCUUUUGCUCAAAUAAAUGCUUUUUAUUCUUAC